UGGUUCUACAGAGGAGACUUGGGAGCCAGAGGCAAAGAUGAAGUUGAAGUUCAGGAAGUGGUUCGACAAGCAGGUCGAGGAGUGA